GUUUUCUCUGCUGACCAGCCUCCAUCGCCAUUGCAGGUCCAGGGAGUCGGUGUAGUGGCAGUUAGUCGUUAGCUAGGGGAAGCCCGAAAGUAAACAUCUAAGGGACGAAUCUAAAAGAACCGUCACACCGACAGCACGAUUUGAAUAAGGUUUACAAUACAUUAAUUCGGACUUUAGGCGUAGAGGCUCCCUGGCUGUCCGACUAGCAUCUGAGAGAAGCAGACGUAGUUUGUUAGCAUAAGAAGAAACCAGAGGAGAGUGACAGAGGAACCGCCAUGGCUCAGAUCCUGCCUAUUCGUUUUCAGGAGCACCUGCAGCUCCAAAACAUAGGUAUCAAUCCAGCCAACAUAGGAUUCAGCACCCUCACCAUGGAGUCUGACAAGUUCAUCUGUGUGCGGGAGAAGGUUGGUGAGCAAUGUCAGGUGGUGAUCAUUGACAUGGCCGACCCAAACUCACCUAUCCGCAGACCCAUCUCAGCUGACAGCGCCAUAAUGAAUCCAGCUAGCAAAGUCAUCGCACUUAAAGACGCUGCCAAAACUCUUCAGAUUUUCAACAUUGAGAUGAAGAGCAAGAUGAAGGCACACACCAUGACUGAUGAUGUUACCUUCUGGAAGUGGAUCUCCCUAAACACAGUUGCACUUGUGACUGACAAUGCUGUCUACCACUGGAGCAUGGAGGGUGACUCUCAGCCUGUGAAAGUCUUUGACCGCCACUCCAGCCUGGCAGGCUGCCAGAUCAUCAACUACCGCACUGAUGCCAAGCAGAAAUGGCUCCUUCUUAUCGGCAUCUCAGCCCAGCAAAAUCGGGUGGUGGGGGCCAUGCAGCUCUACUCUGUUGACAGAAAAGUUUCUCAGCCUAUUGAAGGCCAUGCUGCCAGCUUUGCCCAGUUCAAGAUGGAGGGAAAUGCAGAGGAGUCCACUUUGUUCUGCUUUGCUGUCAGAGGCCAGGCUGGAGGAAAGUUGCACAUCAUUGAAGUGGGGACCCCACCAACAGGCAACCAGCCUUUUCCAAAGAAAGCAGUGGAUGUGUUUUUUCCUCCAGAAGCCCAAAAUGACUUCCCUGUGGCCAUGCAGAUAAGCGCCAAACAUGAUGUAGUUUUCCUUAUUACCAAAUAUGGAUACAUCCACUUGUAUGACUUGGAGACAGGCACCUGCAUCUACAUGAACCGCAUCAGUGGAGAGACCAUCUUUGUCACUGCUCCACAUGAGGCCACCUCAGGCAUCAUUGGGGUCAACAGGAAAGGACAGGUGCUGUCUGUGUGCGUGGAAGAGGAGAACAUCAUCCCCUACAUCACCAAUGUACUCCAGAAUCCAGAUCUGGCUCUCCGCUUAGCUGUCCGCAACAACCUCGCUGGUGCUGAAGAACUUUUUGCACGCAAGUUCAACAACCUGUUUGCUGCUGGCAACUACUCUGAGGCUGCCAAAAUGGCUGCCAAUGCACCAAAGGGUAUCCUACGUACCCCAGACACCAUCCGUCGUUUCCAGAGCGUUCCAGCUCAGCCAGGUCAGACCUCUCCCUUGCUGCAGUACUUUGGUAUCCUGUUGGACCAGGGCCAGCUCAACAAGUUUGAGUCCCUGGAGCUUUGCAGACCCGUCCUCCAGCAGGGACGGAAGCAGCUUCUGGAAAAGUGGCUGAAGGAAGACAAGUUGGAGUGUUCAGAGGAGCUUGGUGACCUGGUCAAGGCAGUGGAUCCCACCUUGGCUCUCAGUGUCUACCUGAGGGCCAAUGUCCCCAACAAGGUCAUUCAGUGCUUUGCAGAGACUGGUCAGUUCCCAAAGAUUGUCCUGUACGCCAAGAAGGUGGGCUACACUCCAGAUUGGAUCUUUCUGCUGAGGAAUGUGAUGCGGAUCAACCCAGAGCAAGGCUUGCAGUUUGCUCAGAUGCUGGUUCAGGAUGAAGAGCCAUUGGCUGACAUCACGCAGAUCGUGGAUGUGUUCAUGGAGUACAACCUGAUCCAGCAGUGCACGUCAUUCCUCCUGGAUGCUUUAAAGAACAACAGACCCUCUGAAGGACCACUGCAGACUCGGCUGCUGGAGAUGAACCUCAUGCAUGCUCCACAGGUUGCUGAUGCUAUCUUAGGCAACCAGAUGUUCACCAACUAUGAUCGUGCCCACAUCGCCCAGCUGUGUGAGAAGGCUGGACUCCUGCAAAGGGCGCUGGAGCACUACACUGACUUGUAUGACAUCAAGCGUGCUGUGGUUCAUACACAUCUGCUCAACCCAGAGUGGCUGGUGAACUUCUUUGGCUCACUGUCGGUGGAAGACUCUCUGGAGUGCCUCAGGGCCAUGUUGUCAGCCAACAUCCGCCAGAACCUGCAGAUUUGCGUCCAGGUGGCUUCCAAGUACCAUGAGCAGCUCACCACACAGUCUCUCACUGAGCUCUUUGAGUCUUUCAAGAGCUUUGAAGGGCUGUUCUACUUCCUUGGUUCAAUUGUCAACUUCAGUCAGGACCCUGAUGUUCACUUCAAAUACAUUCAGGCUGCCUGUAAGACGGGCCAGAUUAAAGAGGUGGAGAGGAUCUGUAGAGAGAGCAACUGUUAUGACCCUGAGCGUGUCAAGAACUUCCUCAAGGAAGCCAAGCUCACCGACCAGUUGCCUCUCAUCAUCGUCUGCGACCGCUUUGACUUUGUCCAUGACCUGGUCCUGUACCUGUACCGCAACAACCUGCAGAAAUACAUCGAGAUCUAUGUUCAGAAGGUGAACCCGAGCCGUCUGCCUGUUGUGGUCGGCGGUCUCUUAGAUGUGGACUGCUCAGAGGAUGUAAUUAAGAGCCUGAUCUUGGUUGUCAGGGGACAGUUCUCCACUGAUGAACUGGUUGCUGAGGUGGAAAAGCGGAACAGACUGAAGCUGCUGCUGCCCUGGCUCGAGUCUCGAAUCCAUGAAGGUUGUGAGGAGCCCGCCACCCAUAAUGCCCUGGCCAAGAUCUACAUCGACAGCAAUAACAACCCAGAGCGUUUCCUGAGAGAAAACCCAUACUAUGAUAGCCGUGUGGUGGGAAAGUACUGUGAGAAAAGAGACCCUCACCUGGCCUGUGUGGCAUAUGAAAGAGGACAGUGUGACCAGGAGCUGAUCAAUGUCUGCAACGAGAACUCCCUUUUCAAGAGCCUGUCUCGCUACUUGGUCCGUCGUAAAGAUGCCGAUCUGUGGGCUAGUGUGCUGCUGGAGAGCAACCCCUUCAGACGACCCCUGAUUGACCAGGUGGUGCAGACUGCAUUGUCAGAAACCCAGGACCCAGAGGAAGUGUCGGUCACAGUCAAGGCCUUCAUGACUGCGGAUUUGCCCAACGAGCUCAUUGAGCUCCUGGAGAAGAUUGUCCUGGACAACUCCGUUUUUAGUGAACACAGAAAUCUGCAGAAUCUGCUGAUCCUGACAGCAAUCAAAGCUGACCGCACUCGUGUGAUGGAGUACAUCAGCAGGCUCGAUAACUAUGAUGCUCCUGAUAUCGCAAACAUCGCCAUCAGCAAUGAAUUAUUUGAGGAGGCCUUUGCCAUCUUUAAAAAGUUUGAUGUCAACACCUCUGCUGUGCAGGUGCUGAUCGAGCACAUUGGCAACCUGGACAGGGCCUACGAGUUUGCCGAACGCUGCAAUGAGCCAGCUGUGUGGAGCCAGCUGGCCAAGGCUCAGCUGCAGAAGGGCCUGGUUAAGGAGGCCAUUGACUCCUACAUCAAAGCCGACGACCCCUCUGCAUACAUGGAGGUGGUGCAGGCUGCAGAUCAGAGUGGUAACUGGGAGGACUUGGUCAAAUUUCUUCAGAUGGCUCGUAAGAAGGCCCGUGAGUCCUAUGUAGAAACAGAGCUCAUCUUUGCUUUGGCCAAAACCAACCGCCUGGCAGAACUGGAAGAGUUCAUUAAUGGACCCAACAAUGCUCACAUCCAGCAGGUCGGCGAUCGCUGCUAUGAUGAGAAAAUGUAUGAUGCAGCUAAACUGCUAUACAACAAUGUAUCCAACUUUGGUCGUUUGGCUUCGACUCUGGUGCACCUCGGGGAGUACCAGGCUGCUGUGGAUGGCGCCCGUAAGGCCAACAGCACCCGCACCUGGAAAGAGGUGUGCUUUGCUUGCGUGGAUGGACAGGAGUUCAGACUGGCCCAGAUGUGUGGGCUUCACAUUGUGGUGCACGCUGAUGAGCUGGAAGAGCUGAUCAACUACUACCAAGACCGUGGCUACUUUGAGGAGCUGAUCACGAUGCUGGAAGCCGCCCUGGGCUUGGAGCGCGCUCACAUGGGUAUGUUCACGGAGCUGGCCAUCCUCUACUCCAAGUUCAAGCCACAGAAGAUGAGGGAGCAUCUGGAGCUCUUCUGGUCUAGAGUCAACAUACCAAAGGUCCUGAGAGCAGCAGAGCAGGCUCAUCUGUGGGCCGAGCUGGUCUUCUUGUACGACAAGUAUGAGGAGUUUGACAACGCCAUCAUCACCAUGAUGAAUCACCCAACAGAUGCCUGGAAAGAGGGACAGUUCAAAGACAUCAUCACUAAGGUGGCCAAUGUGGAGCUCUACUACAAAGCCACCCAGUUCUAUCUGGAGUUUAAGCCAUUGUUACUGAAUGAUUUGCUCAUAGUGCUUUCUCCCAGACUGGACCACUCCCGUGCUGUCAACUUCUUCAGCAAGGUUAAACAGCUGCCUCUAGUCAAACCUUACCUGCGGUCAGUACAGAACCACAACAACAAAUCAGUCAAUGAGGCACUUAACAACCUAUUUAUCACAGAGGAGGAUUAUCAGGCACUGAGAACAUCAAUAGAUGCCUAUGACAACUUUGACAACAUCUCGCUGGCCCAACGCUUGGAGAAGCACGAGCUGAUUGAGUUCAGGAGAAUUGCUGCCUACCUCUUCAAGGGCAACAACCGCUGGAAACAGAGUGUGGAACUCUGCAAGAAGGAUAAGCUCUAUAAGGAUGCAAUGCAGUAUGCGUCAGAAUCUAAGGACACAGAGCUGGCAGAGGAGCUGCUGUCCUGGUUCUUGCAGGAGAACAAGAGAGAGUGUUUCGCCGCCUGCCUCUUUACCUGCUAUGACCUGCUGCGACCUGACGUGGUGCUGGAGACGUCCUGGAGGCACAACAUCAUGGACUUUUCUAUGCCAUACUUCAUUCAGGUCAUGAGGGAGUACCUCAGCAAGGUCGAUAAACUAGAAACCUCAGAGUCCCUAAGGAAAGAGGAGGAGCAGGCAACAGAGACACAACCUAUUGUCUAUGGCACACCUCAGCUGAUGCUGACAGCGGGCCCCAGUGUUCCUGUGGCACCACAGCAGACGUAUGGGUACGGCUACCAGGCACCACCUGCAGCAUAUGGUCAGCCAGCACCUCAGCCAGGCUUUGGCUAUGGCAUGUAAAGUCCCCAAACCCCUAUCUGUCCACAUGUAGGCCGGAGCCACCAUCCAUCCAUCCAUCCAUCUCCCACAGUCCUUCACCAGACCAUUUCUGUCUCUGCCCUCUGUGUGGAGCUUGAGAUAACACAAACAAACCUUUCUUUCACUUCUUUGUUUGUUUGUUUUUUUCUUUCUAUCCCCAUUUUAAACCAUCAUGAAGGACUCUUAUUUGUUGUCAAAGAAAAGAUUGAAUCACAACGUUUAAUUUUCUCACAUUCCGUGUAGAGUUAGGUAAAUUUUUUCUUUUGUCUAUUUUAUUGAAUGGGAAGUGGUUUAUGUACAACCGGGGGGCUUGUGAGAAGAGCUAGACCUCUUCUGAGUAAAAAAAAAAAGAAAAAAGGUCUGUUGUGAAGCAUCUGAUUUGCACUCUGUAAUGAGAAGACAUUAAUUAAUGUAGAACCUCUUUUUUUUCCUUUUGUUGUGUGUGAGCAGCUUCUUCUGUCCGACUGUAAAAUGCAUUUAAUUAUUGUACAUUCAGACACACAUACUGCUACUGUGUUCUUCUGUAUCUGAACAUGAAACUGCCGCUUCCAUUGACCACAGUCGUGAAACACUACGUUGUACCUGUCCGGUCCCCAGACUCACACUUCAGGGCUUUUUCUUGAAGAAAAUCCAAAAGGAGUGUUUUACAUAUAAUUUUCGGGAAUGCUCUUUUCCAACAAAGCCUAUGCAGGACUCUCCAAACAAAUCUGCAGUCAGACGUGAUUAUUACCAUGUGCUUUAAAUACUGCUCCAACAUGGGAGGGACCAUUCCACCUCAGGAGGUACUGCAGACCUGUUUGACAAACUUGCCCCAUGCCCCCUCUUUGUGCUGCAGUUUGUUUCUGCUGGAUAUCUGUUAUUUGAGUGUACAGGAGUGAUUUUUCAAACAUUCUGCUCCUCAUAUCCUGUCGAGGGUUUUGCCUUUUACCUUUUCAGUUUCCACCCCGCUCAUCGUGUUCUUCACAAUUAAUAUCACAGACUUGUGGUAAUUUGAAGUUUUUAUCAAAGGCUUGCGUGUAUACAAGAAAUCAAUCAUUAACUCCUUUGAACUUAUAUUCUUAUCUAAAUUACCUUUAGAUUUAAAUUGUGCACUUAAAACGACUUGAUUGUGCAUAAUCAGGAUCAUAAUGAAUGAAACAGCGGUUUUGUUUUCCACUUAACAAAAUAAAGGCUUCUUGUUUGUCAA